AUGUUGACUCUUGUGGCCGAACCUUUGACUAUUGAUGGUUUCAAAAACUACGGAUCGAUUGUGUCUCCCGAUGAAGAAGUAGCCAAGCUUUCAGAGGCAUCAAGGGGCGCCAAUCAAGGAACCGCAAUCAAAGUUGUUAAGGUCAGUGCUAACCAAAAUUUGUUCCCUUCCCAAUUGGGGAUCAAGGCAUCUCAUUGGAAUCUGUUCCGCUGUUUCCCACAACCACAUUUGCACAGAGACUUUCUUCCGGCCCAAUCAGGCGAGAUGGUGAUACAGCACGGCAUCAAAGUGCUAGAAAAGCAUCCUCAUAGUUCUCAGACGUUCAUUCCCAUGGGCCGCGCAUCUAAAGAGCUUGCGUAUUUGGUUGUGGUGGCCGUGGCCGACGACCAUGGAGAACCAAAUCUUUCCACUUUGCGUGCUUUCACUUGCAACGGUAAUCAGGCCGUUACAUACGGGGCUGGUGUGUGGCAUGCUCCUAUGAUUGUUCUCGGCUCACAAGAAUACCUAGAUUUUUCGGUUGCCAUUUACGAGUUAGGCGACCAGACAAGACCGGAGAUGGACUUGGCCGAAAGAUUCUAUGAUGAAGACCAAAUUGCUGUCAAAUUGACGGCAAUGAACUAA